UGGUCACGUUCAACUGACGCGCUCUUCUUGACUUUCACUAGUGGGUCCAGAGAAUAUUGAAAAGUGGAGCCUAGGGGCGAUCUUCGCAAAAAUAAGAACACUUCAACUUGUACACAUUUUUGUUUUUUUCCAAUUUUUGAACAAUGUUCUUUCGUUUUUGUCUGUGUUGAAUCUUUAAGUGCAUAACGUUUCAGGUCGUUACAUUCCAACAAUAGAGCCGCAAGCUUGUUUCAGGAAUUUUUCGUGUAAAAAGUUUGCGAUAGACCAUCAUUCUAAUGCCAGUCUUAUUUUUCCUACAUUUUGCUAUCGGCCAAAUUUAGCGUUUACAACUCCUCAAUUGAACCCGCUAGUUUUGUUAAGGUCCCCUAAUUAAGGCUAACGGGUUUUCAAAAUCCUUUUUGGACAACAUUGUAAAGCAUUUCAAUCAUUUGAUCAUGAGCGCUUGUUAUGUGUGAAGCUAACACAGUUUUCUGAUUACGUCACCAUUUCUGCAUUAGAAUAAGGCGGUUGUAGUGAAUCUUCUGAAAAAGCCUAACAAACGUCUAACUAAUUCCAAUAAUCCGCUUUGAGUACAAAAAUUUCCCGCGGAAACGUCUAAAAUUAUUCUUAAGAUAAACACCUGUUUGACCGAGUUAAAAAAAAAAAAAUUCCGAAAAUGAAAUUGUUAAAGAUAAAUGGGAGUCGUUCCGUAGGCGUUUAGUCCUUUCUUCGCUGUCCAUCAAAUUGGAUUACGUCUCGCCAGUUCGUGAAAACAAGCGUCCCGAGAGAACUUGGCACCAACGCUGGUAACAAAAAGUCAAUAAUGGUAAGUGUAAAGAUAACAAAUGUGACCAAUUUCAACGGAGCACGGUGUUCCCAUCAGACACAUUGCACCGCCCUCUGUUGCUGCUGUCUGGCAUAGAUAGUGAAACCAGUCUGCAGCGCACGAAGAAGAAGAAAAAAAAAAUGAAUAACGUUGUUGAACGGUAGAUUGAAUUAGAAAUGACAUCGUGUCUAUUGCUAUGACAAAUUAAAAACAAAACCAAAAAACUUUCGUGAAGGGGAAAUUGAAAUUUUAAGAUAACAGGUUGGCCUCGCCUUUGAUUGAAUCUUGAUACGAGUAUCACCUUAAAUCAAGCAAUCGAAAAUGAAUGGCAAUGUAGACAGCCAUCUGACGGAACAGAAAACUUGUGUUACUAUCUUGGAAAAAAGCAAAGUCGAAAACAUUUGUUGGACGGCCAUUGAAGAACGAACAAGCGGCCGCCUUUUCUCCCUCGGGCUGUUUUUGUUUGUAUCGUUCAACUCAACAAAAAUCUCUACCUGUUGUGCUGACCCUCUCCUCUAAAGUUCACAACUCUCUCCAAGCCAUUCAAAUUUAGAUUUCUCCACUACUAUUUGAUGUCAAGUUGGUUAGAAAUUAUCAAGUUGACGUUGCGCGUAUCGUCAACUGGCUCUUUCAGUACGGACCCUUAAAGAAAGAAUGGAAGAACAAGGAUUGCGCUGUUCAAAACUAACGAAACUUCAAGGAAAUAGUCAAAUGACUGCUUCAUUCGAUCUCACCUUCCACGACCUUUGCUUUAGCAAGGGAAAAGGGAGCACUGGCAAGAUGAUCUUACACAAAAUGAACGGCGCUUUCAAGUCUGGCCAGCUAACGGCAAUUCUCGGACCUUCUGGUGCGGGCAAAACAUCGCUCAUGAAUAUCUUGGCUGGUUUAAAGACGAGUGGUAUAGAGGGCCGAAUCGACGUCAAUGGGGUAGAACGGGAACGCAAAACAUUCCGUAAACGAUCGGCUUACAUUAUGCAGAAAGAUCACCUGUUGUCGAACUUAACUGUUGAUGAAUACAUGACCGCUGCUGCUCACCUGAAACUUGGAAAUGGAGUCUCCAAUCAAGAGAAGCAAUGCGCAAUAGAACAAGUCAUGAAAACGUUAGGAUUAACCGUAAGUCGACAAACACGAAUCUCUUGCUUAUCCGGUGGUGAAUGCAAGCGGCUAUCCGUCGGGCUUGAAUUAAUAAAUAACCCGACCAUUUUAUUUUUGGAUGAACCUACCAGUGGAUUGGAUAGCUCUUCAAGUUUGCAAUGCGUCGGAUUGUUACGUAACAUUGCCAAGAGCGGUCGUAUGGUAGUGACUACCAUACACCAGCCAAGUUCAAGAUUGCUGGAACAUUUCGAUCACCUGUACAUUGUAGCCGAAGGAUCGUGUAUGUUCCAAGGACCGGUCCAGUCUCUAGUGCCUUAUCUUCGUACGAUGAAUUUGAACUGCCCUAGUUACCACAAUCCAGCCGAUUUUGCAAUGGACGUGGCCAGCGGUGAAUACGGAAACGUGCUGGCCAGAUUGGUAUCAGGCAUCGAGAAUGGCCGUCUAAUUUACCACGAAAAUCCAACCCCAACGUCAGAGUCACCGUCUUCAAGCCGAGUAACUGACAAUGGAUUUGAUGACGAAGACGAGGACGUAAAUAUGUUAGACGGCCAUUCAAAGAAAACAGAUAAGACUAAAGACGAACGAUUGUUUUAUGCGGCCCCUUUCCAUACGCAAGUGGCUGUUCUACUUGGAAGAACUUGGCGAACAAUUUGGAGAGAGAAAAUGUUGACGAUGCUGCGUUUCGCCGCCCACGUUGUCGUCAGUAUUCUGAUGGGUUUGCUGUACUGGCGAGUAGGUGACGACGCCGCUAUUAUCUAUAACAACGCAGGAUUACUCUUCUUCAACCAACUCUUCAUCCUUUUCGCCGCCAUGAUGCCGACUAUUGUGACGUUUCCACUAGAGAGGAAAGUGCUGGUCAGAGAACAUUUAAAUCACUGGUACAGCUUGAAAGCGUAUUAUCUGGCGAAGACGUUGGCCGACAUUCCGUUCCAGAUAGUCUUCCCGUUGCUAUAUUUGCUGAUCGUCUACUUGAUGACCAAUCAACCGAUGAGUAUUCAACGUUUCGGCAUGCUUUUGUGCAUCACCAUUUGCAUGUCGUUGGUGGCGCAAGGCAUCGGAUUAUUAGUCGGUGCGGCGUUCAGCAUUCAAGUGGCCGUUUUCGUGGCUCCGGCCAGCACGAUUCCGUUUCUACUCUUUUCAGGAUUCUUCGUCAAUUUGAAUUCUAUUCCGAUUUACAUGUCGUGGAUUGCGGAUGUCAGCUUCUUCCGCUACGCCUUCGCCGGAUCCAUGCUAUCCAUUUACGGUGGCGAACGCGCGCCUCUCACCUGCUCUCAGCCUUAUUGCCAUUUUCGCUACGCUCAAAAGUUUCUGGAACAAUUUGACCUUGCUCAGAGUUCCUACUACUUGUCCGUUGUUGGUUUGCUGGUCUUUUUCUUCGUCAUACGAGUGGCUGGCUAUGUCGUCUUACGUUUUAAACUGAGGCACGUACGCUGUUGAAGAAACGUUGUCCUAUUUUUAGGAUUUUGAUAUUAUUGGAGGCGCGUAUCGCGAAGGAUAAAAGAAUAAAGCACCAA